GUUAGAGAAUGAUGCCUAGGGUUUGAGAAGAAAAGAGUGUGUCCACUUUUCAAUUCUUUCAUUCUCUCUCAUCCAAAGUUGAAAACUCAUUCUCUUUGAAAUGGUAGAACCUUCAGCAAAGAUCCUUAGACGAACCCUAGAUGAAAACUUAGAUGGAGAAACGGACAACAUUGAUAGACUGAGUGCACUUCCAGAAUCUAUUCUUCUCUACAUUAUUUCAUUUUUGGAACUCAGAGAAGCUGCAGCCACUUCAAUUUUAUCCACAACCUGGAGAGAUCUUUUCUUACAAUUUCGAAGUAUUGUGGCAACUUUCAAUGAACAUGGGGUUUUUUCUUCUGAGCAUCAUAGGCUCUUUGACCUCUUUGUAGGCUUUGUUAAUAGAAUGCUUCGAGAGAGAAAUCCAGAAAUACCCAUUAAAGUUAUAAGGGUAACUGUGAAGAAUUUCACUGAAAGGAUGAAACUGGGUUAUGAAUCGUUGAUGAUGUCCACAGCUUUUGCAAUGUCCACUUGCAAAGUGGAGACUAUUGAUUACAGUUUUGAUAUGUGUUUUGAAAGAACUGAGCCACCUUCAAUUGUUCUUCCAUCUGAAAUGUUUAUAUCAGAGACUCUAACUGGUUUGCGUCUAAUUCUUCCUAAGGGGUGGGUUCUUCCAGAAAAGGUUUGGUUGCCCAAGCUAAGGUAUGCUCACUUAAUUCCUUUUAGAUUGGUGGAUGAGAAUUCAAUUCAAAGGUUUCUGGACGGGUGCCCUAGGCUAGAAAAUGUGAUGUUUAUAAUGAAGGAUGAGACUACUAAAGUAAAAAAUCUUCACAUGUCAAGUUCCUCCUUGAAAUUUGUAAUGCUUGAUUGGCACGUGAUAGAGGAAACAAAUAUGAGUAUCACUGUGAAGGCUGAAAACCUUUUGAGGUUGUUUUUAUCUCUUAGGGGAGGUCACAAAGUGAAUUUGGAUGCACCAAAUCUGAAGUUCUUCUCCAUUGAGGGUCAAGCGCUUGAACUGAACAUGAUUCAAAGUGUUCCUUCGAUGGAACAAGCAACUAUAGCUACUGAUUGUAUGUUUCACUUCUCAGAUUGGAAUGACUUUUAUUCACGUUCUGCAAAAACUUGUGCCUUUUUUGGAGAGUUUCAAAACCUGAGAUCACUCAACAUAUCAGAACCCAUCAUGAAGGCUCUAUAUGUUUCUAAACCGGUGAUGCCCACUUUCAGAAACCUGUACAAGAUAAGGCUUAUCCCUCGUUAUUGUAAAGAUGAUUUUACCCGAUACUGGAUUGCACAUGUGUUAUUCAACUUGUUUGAAAAGUGUCCUAACCUUCAAGUGCUUUCCUUUAAAAAGGUGUUCGACAACUACUUUGGCGAGGUUGAUUUUGAAUCUGUUUUCCCUGUUAGCAUGGUUCAAAAUCUGAAGAAAUUAGAAAUUUGUGACUUCAGAGGCCUAGAAAUGGAAUACAAGCUGGUGGAAUUUUUCAUGAACAAUGGACAAUCUUUAGUGAUUGUUUCUCUGAAAAAAAAUUAUUCGACUCCAUAUAAUUAUCUUUGGAAGCAAAACCAACGAGACAGAAUUCUCUCCUUCCUGACUCACCGAGAUGAGUGUGCCAUUGUAUUCAAAUAGAAAUUGGAUUUUAUGAAAUCCUCAUCAUUAUCCACGGCUACCAGUCUAUCUCUUUAAAACUAUGUUAUUUUCGCAGCGUUUAAUUUAGUUGCCGAUUUAGAAUAAUGCUGCUGUCUGUUGUAUUUCUAUUUUCUUGUUCAAGACUUGGAAUAAUUGUUGUAAGACUUCUGUAGACCUAAAUUUCCUUAAAAAUGUUUGAUUUGAAAUCUUA